CUCAGAUCCUAUCUGUUAUCUCCAGACCGAAGAAAAGCAAUGCAUAAACUCAGUACAAGAUACUUGGUUCGUGCAUAUGCAUCCAAAGCCCCGCUAUGCAAUCCGAUACCGGCCUUAUGGCUUUUGACCAAGCUUAUCUCCGGCAUCAAUAUAUCGAUAUUGGGCAUACCUACCUUCCCCCAGAGCAGCUUGAGAACAUUAUUUUUAAUACAGAGUGUCUUUCGGACCAUGUAGCAAGGAGACACAUCCACAAGGACGCUCUGCCAUCCACUCAGUAACAAUGACAUCCUCCGGCAAGGCCACCUUCUCCCCAAGCGAUGCUAGCUCCCCUCUAUCCAUCUCACCAGCAGAAACCGCACUCCUACUGAUAGACUACCAAAACCUGAUCCUCCCCCGUCUCGGUGAUGCAGCACCCAGCGUUCUAAAUGUCGCCAGCCAAAUGCGCGAUUGGGCAAUCUCCAAAUCCGUGCCCAUAUAUCACUGUCUCAUCGACACGCGACCCGGCGUCAAGCCUCCUAUGCGCAGCAAAAUGUCCACUCGUUGGAGACUGUACGAGGAGAAACUCGCGGCUAUGCCCACUCUAGGCGACGAGGCAGAUGUUCUGGCAGUCAAAGGAACAAACCUGCUGGAAAGGACUGCAUUCCGAACGCCAGGGAUCGUCUCGGCAUUGGAAUCCACAGGGCUCAAAGCAGAAUUGUACGAGAAGCAGAUCAAGUCGCUCCUCAUAUGCGGACUUUCUACAUCGGGAGCUGUACUGAGUACUACUCGGGCAGCGUCCGAUCAAGGCUUCAUCGUCACGGUGGUGGAAGACGCUUGCUUCGACCCAGUCCCAGGACUGCAUGGGAUGUUGGUCAAUCAUGUAUUGCCCACCACCGCACAUGUAGCGACGGCCAGUGAAGUGCGUGAUGCAUGGAGGAUUCUAUGAAUAGCCUUCGACGAUUGAACAUUUUCCCCCUCGCAUCAUAAGAAUAAGUCCCCGUGACUUGACUUCUGUAACGAUACCUGGUAUCUGGCCUGUCCUACCCAGUCCAUAGCAAGUCUAGCCCUUCGAUUUCCGCUUCUGUAACAGACUGCUCACCGGAUUCUUAGCCUUGAACCUCAAAUACGUCGCAAAGUAGACAACAGCGUAAUUGAAGGCGAUAAAGCCCAAAAAGAUGCCGAAAUCACGCCACUUGUGCGAGUAAUAGAUACUAAACCCCUCUCCGAAUUGAUCGCCCGUCGCGUACUGGCAGAACUCGCAGAGCCCGUCCGACGCGACUUGCACGUACCCUCCUGCCAAUUUGAUGUAAGGGUCAACGUAGGACGCGCACGUCUCGCCCGGUGGGGCGGAGAAGCGCGCGAAUUC